AUGCAGCUCUCACCGCUUGCGAACCCGUUGGCAACCGUAGCCCAACUCGAAACGUCCGGCUCGCAACUCGAUGGCAUCCCACCCGAUCUCGAAGACUCGAUACGCUUCGCCGGCGCAAGACUUACCCAAGCAGCUGGGAUACUGUUGCGGCUACCGCAAGAAGUGGUUGCGCAGGCCAUUGUCAUAUACAUGCGAUUCUGGCUCGGGCCUGAAGGCGGAAGUCUUGCAGAGUUUGGUGCAGAGCAGGUCUCAGCAGCUUCGCUGUACCUCACCACCAAGCUGUCUGCAUACCCCAAGUCGGCACGAAGCCUCGUCAACGUAUACGCAUACCUCGAAUCGCUUCCCACAACCUUCUUCAGCACGGAAGAUCUCCAGCAGAAGCAGGACGCGCUCGAGUUUUACGUCACCGAAGGAACCUACGAGCGCCGGCGCGCAAGCCUCUUCGCCGUUGAGCAACGCAUUCUGCGCGCCCUCGGCUUCAACGUGCAGGUCCAGCUGCCUUAUACACUCUGCAUAACCUACCUCCAAGCCCUCGAUACUUUUGCACAUCCCCGCGCACCAGAACUCGCCAAACGCGCAAUAGCACACCUCAAUACCGCCCUACUAAGUCCCCAGUGCCUGUACUUGACGCACCAGCCACCGGCGCUGGCUACCGCAGCAAUUUACCUAGCGGCGCGAGAGACGGGCAUCAAAAUGCCAGAAUGUGAAUGGUGGGAGGUGUUUGAUACAGACAGAGAAGUGCUAGGGUUCUUGUGCGUGGGUAUGCUGAGUCUGGAGGGCUUCGCCCAGGAAGAAAAGAAGAGGUGGGAAGGGAGCAAGGUCCCGAUGAGUGUUGAAGGUUUGGAAAGGGAAAUGAAGAGGAGGAAAGAGGUAGAGGGUUAG